AUGUUAGGUAUUAAAAUUUAUGGCGCAUUACAUAUGAAUAAAAAUGUGUGCCCAUCGUCAAGUUUUGUAACUGGUUCCGUUGAUGAUGGAAAUCCAAACAAUCAUCCUGUACAUCGUUUCAUUGCGGACAAACUCAACUUCUCCAUUAAUACCGAUGAUCCAACACUGACAGAAAGAUGGGAUUUACAAGAAGCUAAAUAUUGUAUCGAAGAAUUAGGCAUAGCACCUGAUCAGUUGAAUAUUGCCAAUUACAAUGCAGCUAUGGCAGCGUUUGUUACCAGUGCUGAACGGGAACUUUUAAUAUCACAUAUAAAAAUUCGAUCGAGAAAUAGAAUAAUCAAAGUUUAA